AUGGAUCAUCCCCCAAGCGGUGGUUCCAGGCACGACCAACCAGCGUUAUCGGUAGCUGGAUAUGUGGCAGCUACCGAUAACGCUGCCACAUAUCCAGCUACCAGUGUGGUAGCACUGUGGCAGUGUGCUCCUAAUCGUCCACCAGUCCUGUGUCCUUUCCUGCCUUCUUUCUCAGAGGCCACGCUGGCUCUAAGGGCAUCGACUCGCCAGCCUCUAGAGUUACGUUCACUGGCUGGCUCCUCUUUUACACCUGACGGUCUCACGAACUCUUUUAUAUGGAAAAUACGUUAUAUCCCCGAGGUUGAAGAAGGAAUUGGCCACGACCACACCGAUAGACCACCUAUGAUUCAAGAUCCAAACAGGAUACAUCCAUGCACUACUGACACUAGCAGCAGAACUAAUGACACUAGCAGCAGCACUAAUGACACUAGCAGCAGCACUACUGACACUAGCAGCAGCAUUACUGACACUAGCAGCAGCACUACUGACACUAGCAGCAGCACUAAUGACACUAGCAGCAGCACUACUAACACUAGCAGCAGCACUAAUGACACUAGCAGCAGCACUACUAACACUAGCAGCAGCACUACUGACACUAGCAGCAGCACUACUGACACUAGCAGCAGCACUACUGACACUAGCAGCAGCAUUACUGACACUAGCAGCAGCACUAGUGACACUAGCAACAGCACUACUGACACUAGCAGCAGCACUACUGACACUAGCAGCAGCAUUAGUGACACAACUAUUUCUAUUCUCAUCAGCUGCAUCUUACUCAUCUAA